AGUAGCCAAAAAAGCUAUCAUCCGAAGAACCAAAAAGAACCCCCUCUUUUUAAAGGCUCUCCUUUUCUUUUAAUAUUUUUUUUCAUUUCGCAUUUCCUUGUCGUGUUUCGUCUUUUGUUAUUGUUGUUCAUCGUUCAAUCUCAUCUUCACAGAAUCGUCAUCUUUUCGAUCCCUCAACCUUUUAACUGAAAUCAUGAGUGACGCAGGAGAAAGGACCUGCCCCCUUUGCGCAGAGGAGAUGGAUUUGACCGAUCAGCAGCUCAAGCCUUGCAAAUGUGGUUACGAGAUAUGUGUUUGGUGUUGGCAUCAUAUAAUGGAUAUGGCUGAGAAGGAUAAGACUGAGGGGAGGUGCCCAGCGUGUCGUAGCGCUUAUGAUAAAGAAAAAAUUGUAGGGAUGGCAGCUAACUGUGAGAGGUUGGUUGCUGAAAUUAAUUCGGGGAGAAAAACGAAGUCACAAAAGGCAAAGACUAAAUCAUCUGAAGGAAGGAAGCAACUGAGCAAUGUGCGAGUCAUCCAAAGGAAUCUUGUUUACAUAGUUGGGCUACCGCUUAAUCUGGCAGAUGAAGAUCUUCUCCAACGCCGAGAAUAUUUUGGUCAAUAUGGUAAAGUUCUAAAAGUAUCCAUGUCUAGGACUGCUGCUGGUACCAUCCAGCAAUUUCCAAACAAUACAUGUAGUGUAUAUAUUACUUACUCAAAAGAGGAGGAAGCAGUUCGUUGUAUCCAAUCUGUACAUGUGUUUGUCUUGGAUGGCAAACCAUUAAAGGCAUGCUUUGGUACAACAAAGUAUUGUCAUGCAUGGCUGAGAAAUAUGCCUUGCAGCAAUCCUGAUUGUCUAUAUUUGCACGAGAUUGGUUCUCAAGAGGAUAGUUUCACAAAAGAUGAGAUUAUAUCAGCAUACACAAGGGUUCAACAAAUAACUGGUACAACAAACAAUAUGCAACGGCGUGCUGGGACUAUGUUACCUCCCCCGGUGGAUGAUUAUUGCCCCAACAGUUCUGCUUCUACAGCAAAACCCAUUUCUAAAAAUGCUCCUAAUAAUAUGGUAUUGAGCAGUCAAAAAGAUUCUACCUCAAAUGGAAGCACUGGUAGAUCUGUUGGUCUUCCUGCUGGAGCUUCAUGGGGAAUGCGUGCUUUAAAUCAGCCACAAUCGGCCAGUUUAACAUGUUCAAAUGGACCUUCUAAGCAAAAAUCUGAUACAGUUAGCAGCACGUUACCAUUUCUAUCUGCAGUGAUGAGCACAAAUCGGCCUUUUGCAUUACAUGAUGAUGCUAAAAAGAACCCGUCUGAGGAGAUUGAUGUUAUGUAUUUGAAGGGUAAACCUGAUUCUUUAGAGCAAAAUACUGUUUCAGAUUCUCGAACUACUGCUCCAGAGGAACCUUCUUCACCUGAUGGAGUUCCUACUUCUAAAGCAUUAAGCAGCCAGAUAUCUUGUCCUCCAGCAUCCAGUUAUAAUGACCCGAGCACUUAUACACUAUCAACUGUUACAAGCUCCAUCUUUGACCAUGGUGGGAAGUCUUUUACUUCCUCCAGUGAGAAAGGAAGGAGUAUGUCCUCUACUGAUGGGGAGAUACAGAGCUUGUGCUCUGAUGUUGCAUCCUUGACCUCAGAUAGGAAUGUCGCGAAUGGACAUUUAAAUGUAGUUAGACCUAGCAGUUCAGCUUCCGAUCAUGGAUCAAACAGUUCUUCUAGCAGUCAGGGGUUACAACAAUGUUGUACUGAGCACUACCGGGAACCUUUAAGUUCCACAUCCCCUGGGAGAUCUGCAACAUCUCCUGAUAGGGUGUCUGUUUCGAAAGAGCGGUCUGAUUGGAGAAUUGUUACUCAAACUCAAGCAGUGGCAAGUUCAAGUUCUGAAAUUGAGGAAGACAUAUUGUCUUUUGAUAAUCAAAGACUCAAGGAUCCAGAAGUUAUUAGCCGUUCAAAUUAUAUGCCUAAUUCACCAAUUUCACUGCAUUUAUCAAAUCUUUCUAGGUCCCAUUCUUUCCAAAAUGGCGAUGCUUGUGGUGCUGUUAGUUCGAAUGCGGAUGCUUUCUUUGUAGAUAAUCAAGUUAGUGCUAGUUUACAUCUUCAUGGAUCAAGUGUUUCAUCUUUAUCAAAUGGAUACCCUCAGAAGUACAUAAGUAGUAGUAUUGGUUCUGGUAUUACCACUGAAGGCAACCUUCUGGUUUCAAAUCAAGAGAAAGGGAAACAGAUGGGAAGAUUCCUUGGUAAUGCUGAGAGCAACACUUCCAAAGAUACAGGAGAGAACAGCAUAAUUUCAAACAUAUUGUCAUUAGAUUUUGAUACAUGGGAUGAGUCCCUUCCUUCACCUCAGAACUUGGCUAAACUGUUGGGUGACACUGACCAGCAGCAGCCCAAUUCUCUCAAAUUAUCUAGCUCAGGGAAGGCUCUGAAUAGCAGUCAGUCCAGAUUCUCAUUUGCAAGACAGGAAGAUUCUAGUUAUCAUCCUUUUGGUGUUGAGUCCUCAUUUAGUGUUUUUAGGCAAAUGCCACAGAACCACAUUUCUAGCCAAGAUUUUGCUGAAAGCAGGGAUCUCUAUCUGAAUGCAUUUGGAAUUUCUAAUGGGUUUUCUCCAAGUAGUUUUGAUGAAUAUGAGAAGUUUACUGGCAGUCCUUCACUUUUCUCUUCUAAUAAGCUUUCUGUUUCAAGAGCUCAAGUGUCAGCCCCACCUGGAUUCUCUGUUCCUAGCAGGACUCCACCUCCAGGCUUUUCUUCUCAUGAGAGAGUAGACCACAGUUUUGACACACCCGGAAAUCACUUGACGGACUCUUCAUCCCUGUUACGAAAUUCGUAUCUGGCUCCAGUUAGUGGUGGUUUUGGUGGUGCCGAGGAUGUAGAAUUUAUGGAUCCAGCAAUUUUGGCAGUUGGUAAGGGUAGACAUCAAGGAGGGCUCAACAAUUCAGGCUUAGAUAUUAGAUCAAAUUUUCCUCCACAGUUAAGUACCUACGAAAAUGAAGCCAGAGUUCAGCUACUGAUGCAGAGGUCUCUUUCUCCUCAUCAGAACCUAAGACACGACGUCGGGGAUAGCUUUUCUUCACUUAAUGACUCUUAUGGACUUUCUUCUAGGCUAAUGGGUCAAUCACAAGUGAACAAUAUAUCCCCAUAUGCACAGUUGCCUCUCCAACAGUCGAGGAAUUCACAUAUGUCAAAUGGUCUUCAUUGGGAUGGAUGGAAUGAGGUCCAAGGUGGAAACAGUGCUGCCAUCGCUGAGCUCCUCAGAAACGAGAGAUUGGGAUUUAACAAGUUUUAUUCUGGUUAUGAAGAUUCAAAGUACAGGACGGGUGAUCUGUAUAACAGAACAUUCGGGAUUUAAUUGUUGUCAGAAUACUCUUUUUUGACAAUGCUUUGCUAAAAGAGCAACUUCAUGCAAUAUUGGCCUCAUGUUGAGGAUAGCAUAUGUUGACUUGUAAGUGGUCCCCUUUAGCAGCCUCAUGAAGAAUCAAAAACUCCCAACAACUUAGGUGAAUAAACGGUGACUGCAAAGGAGCAGGUAACAUUGAACUAGAAAUAGUUGUAGAUAUUUCCUUAUGCGGAAAAAGUAUCAUGGAGGCCCUUGUAUUGGGAGUCAAGUUGCAUUUGGCCCCCUUAGUAAAAAAAAAAUAGCAAAUUAGUCAUUAUACAUUGGAUUAAAAAGUAAACUGAUACUUCUGUUAAAAAUUCCAUUAAUUUUUACUGGUAAAAAUUGGUCCCUAUAUGGCAGAAUGAGGUACACGAGGUACGUUAUAUGGAACUAUUUAGUUAUUUUGUCAAUCAUGCUAGCAGUAUUUUAACAAAAAAGAUUAGUUUACUCUUUAAUGUAGCAUACAUAGCCUAAUUUGCUCGUAUAUUUAGUAAAGAGGGCAAAAUGUAAUUUGAUUUCUAAUAUAGGGGUAUUCAUGGUACUCUUACCUUACGCAUGCAUGUUUUGAAUGUUUGAACUGUUUAUAUCAUGUGUUAAUAUAGGUCCAGGUUUCCUUGAAUAUUUUUGCAGGCGAACUGAGCUUCUGCAACGGCUAUUGCUUGAUAUAAUUUGAUUGCACCGCAGAGUGCCUGCGGUAUACGAUCUUAUCAACUAACUGCCAGGUUGGUUCUCCCCCUAUGCUGAUCAAUACACACCCCGAAAGUAAAAAUAUGGUGGUUGCUCAUGCUCCGACUGGAACCCAGUUUUACUUUUUUUUGUUCUAGAACCAAUGAAUUUGAUUGAUGGUGUAUAUAGAAUUAGCAUAUUGUUUGUGUUUCAGAGAUGGAUUUACUGUGGUGUCUGAGCUGGCCCCCGUUAAAACCUCUAAAACUACAUUUUUUGUUUGGUAGUGUUUCGUUAUGCAAAGUACAAGAAGAGCUACUUUUGAAGGGAAGUAAUAAUAGUGUUCACUUUUCGGAUUAUUAUACUAGCCAGGUCUAAGAUGAUGUCAUGUUUUUUUUAUGGUAUAGUAUAAUAAUAAAAUAAUAGAAAUCCUGGAUCUCUUGUACAAACAUUUCAACCCCUCAAUUGUGAAGUGUGAACAUUUUUGUAAGGCAUAUUUGUGCUUUUGUUUUUACAAUUGUUGGAAAUGCAAAUUUAUGCGGUUAUUAUA